AUGCAAUUUAUGUUACGCGGCGAAAAAAAAAAAAAUUUCGUAAACGAUUUUUUAUAAUUAUGAACGAAAACUCAGUUGAAGAUGGUCAAGAAUCCAAAAACAAAGUGUUGGAUAAUGGAAAAAUCGUAGAGUCAGUAGCAACAGAGGUUUUUGAAACCGAAUCAAAAAUUUUAUCACUUAUAGGAGAAGUUACCAAAAAAUAUGAUGAAAUGGUAGAAAUAGGUCAAACGGUUGAACAUAAUAAAGAAAUCCAUGAGUUGUUAAGCAAAGUGGAAAAAGCUAACAUGGCUUUUAGUAAUUUGAGAAUUCAUAAUAAAAAGAAUACAAAAUAUUUUUCAGAGGAAAAUUAUACUAAUUUACAUAGAUUAGUCGAAAUUAUUGAUAAAAUACGUGAAUUUAUUGCAGAAAUUUCAAAAGGUUAUAAAGCUGAAAUUUUUAGAAAUUUAAAUAAUGAAUUUGAUACUACCGUUCAACUUCUAAAGUUGGAUUUAGAAGUACCAUUUUCAAAUUAUUUGCCACGUAUUAAAGAAGUGAAUUUUUUACCACUAGUAAGAGAAGUUACCAAUAUAUACAACGAAAUAAUAGAAGUUUAUCAAACAGCUCAAUAUAAUAAAAAAACAUGUUGGUCGAUGAUGAAAAGAGUAGAAA